AUGAGUCAGCUGUUGGAUUAUGACCGAACUUCACAGCUCAAUUUAUUAUUGGCUUCUCUCGCUAUGAACGAAGAGAGGGGAAUUGAUGAUGAGCUUUGGAAACUUCUGAGUAAGAAAACUUCGUUGGGCAGUUCAAACCAUUCGCAACGAUUAAGUCCAGCUAAACAAGAGAAUUCUUUUACUUUAACCUGUGAGGAUCUGCUUAGUGCUCAGUCUUUCGUCAAGCUUACUGGUAACGAUUUGUCGAGGUUCUUUAAAAUAUGCGAAAUGUUCUUCAGACAACACGCGUUAUUGGGCAUUCUUUGGAGCGACGUUGAAAGGCUGUCCUUGUGGAAACCAUAUGGCACGAAGUCCUCUGACGAAGUCGGACACAUUGUACACAGAUCUACUGGGUUUAAAGACAUUUUUAAUACUAGCGCCACAAUACUUUCGAUGAGCAAGAAUGCAACAGGUGAGAAAUUGUUAGACUCUCUAAGUUUCUUCCUUUAUUCAGCGAAAGACCUUCAAGAAGAGCUGAAAUGCUUUUUUGACGUGUAUAUUAAAAGGAUAUUGUCCUUACUAAAUCAGGUGAGUGACCUACAAAAUCAUUGUCGCCAAUUACUACAAAAAGCGCAACAGCAUUCAUCAUUUACAUCCACUUCAUGCACUCAGCUUCGUCAGUUGGCGGAAAGCAUAGACAAAUACUUAGUAGAAAGUCGGUAUGCAUACCUCAAGUCAGCAGAUGAUCAUUAUGUUUGGCACUCUUCUACCAUAAACUUGCCCUACAAGCAAAGCUCAAUGUUCGGAAUCUUCGAUCUUUCGAGAUUCUCAGAGAAAAACAGGAUUAUGCAAACUGAAAAACUUGAGGAGUGCUUUGCCGCUAUCAAGAAUAACAUCAACGGGUUGGCAAUCAAAUUUAGAGCAAGUUAUGAGUCUAUCAACAUGGAGCUCAAUAAUUUCUACCUUUUUAAGAAACAAUUCUUUCUUAUUGUGUUCAAACAAUUUGCAAGAAGGCAAAUUGAAAUGCUCAAAUCACAGCAAAACAGACUCGAACUUGACAUGGAACGCUUUCUGUUUAAUGAACGUACGUAA